CCUUUUUCUAGCACCGGAACAACUGCCGGAGAGUUCAACGGCAAGCUUAAGAGAUGCCGCCGAAGGGGAAAAGUGGUUCUGGAAAAGGAGGGAAAGGUAGACCGGCCGAGACAGUCAGAGAGCUUAGGGGAGGUGCAGCCUCUGGGAGCGAUAGUGCUGACAAGAAGUCUCAGGGUCCUAAAGGUGGUGGCAAUGCAGUAAAGGUCAGACACAUUCUAUGUGAAAAACAUGGGAAAAUCAUGGAAGCUAUGGAAAAGUUAAAGUCUGGGAUGAGAUUCAGUGAAGUGGCCACCCAAUACAGUGAGGAUAAAGCCAGACAAGGGGGUGACUUGGGUUGGAUGACCAGAGGAUCCAUGGUGGGGCCAUUUCAAGAAGCAGCCUUUGCCUUGCCUGUAAGUGGGAUGGAUAAGCCUGUGUUUACAGACCCACCAGUUAAGACAAAAUUUGGAUAUCAUAUUAUUAUGGUUGAAGGGAGAAAAUAAAAUCACAUGAAAGACUGAGU